AUGGACAACGUGCUCCCAAACUUACACUUGGACCUCCUCUAUGCCGCUGCAGAAUCAAUCUACCAGAACACGGAGUAUACCUGCAACACUGGCAAUGGGGAACACAGAGAGUUCCGGCAAGAUCCACCCUAUCUAUCUCGACAGACGGAGGAAACGGAGCCUUUUUCCUAUACCAAUACUAGCUCGACCCUUAGCUCCCUCGGUCGAAGCCAAAUGAACCAAUGGAAGAUUCUCGAGCCCGAUCUUCACAAGCACCCGCGGUCCCAAGGUUCGCUGGACGUCGCACACAAUUUUUUGCGAAAGCUUCGCGGGCCCAAUGAGGACUAG